GAGUGUUGUAAAGAGAGAGAGAGAGUGAGAAAGAGAACCAGUAGAGAGAAAAAUCCACAUAGUGUAGCCUGAUAUGUUGAUCACAGGGACUCCUCUCUCCAGCUCGCUAGUGCCUGCCUGGGUGUGUGUGUGAUGAUUUUUUAACAGCUUCGAAACAUCAGCAGAUGUACUAAAGGAGCAUGGUACAUUGCUGAAAUUUGCAAUGUGAUUCGCAGAAGAGACGCAGCUCACUUGGAUCUAUUGCAAAGGAGGGAAAAGGACACUUGCAUUCAAUGUGAAGACUGCAGCUUUUUAAGAGGAACGUUUUGUCUUGUUGAGGAAGAGCAAGGUGUAGGUUGAGGAAUUGGAGGAGAUAUUGCUGGCCCCACAAGAGGAAAAUCGCGUUUUUUUUUUGAUUUAUUUUGUCUCUAAGAUCUGGCUCGUGGUUUCCAAGUUGCUUAUUUUUUUUGCAACAUUUCAUUAUUUUCCCCCCUCUCUGCAUUGGUUACUGUUGGUGUAUCUAUCUCUCUCUCUUCCACCACCUCCCCCCACCCCCCUUGCCCUGUUGCACACAGUCUCCUUUUCCCCAGCCGAAUGUUGCAGCUUGGAUUACAGUGUAGCUGUGAUCUGUUCCCGGAGCUAGCUGGCUGUGCUAAUGCAUGGCUUUGCUCUCAGCUUGAUGCCGUGUGAUCUGCUCCCUUUUUAAAAAUCCCCCCUCCCUUUCCCUUCCCUUCCCUUUCCCCUCCCUUACCCCCCUCCCUAUUCCCCCCUCGCUCCCAGCCCAGGACGGGAGGGGAGAGGCAGAGACAGACUGGCAUUGUGAAGCUGCAACGUUACAGCUUGCCCUCCUUCCCCGGCUACUCCGUCUAUAACCGUCGUAUGUUCAGGUCUAAACGGUCGGGCCUUGUACGGCGACUUUGGCAGAGCCGGGUAACGGGAGGAAAUGGGCAGGAGGCGGACGAUUGGAGUGACCUGGCCGGAUCGCUAAACGAGCUGAAGUCGGUCACUCACUCGCUACUGAAAAGGCUGAAGGAGAAGCCGCUGGAAGUGCUGAGCCAGGCGGUGCAGAGCAGCGGGGGGUUACACACCGCCUGUGUACCUAUGGCCAAGAACGAGCUGAGGGUUGGCAAGCAGACACUGGCCCCUCAGGUCUUACUCUGCAGACUCUUCCGCUGGCCUGAUCUCAAGCAUCUCUUUGAACUCAAGCGACUGUACUCCUGCGAGGGCUUCUCCAGGAACGCAGACAGCUCCACCGUUUGCUGCAACCCUUACCAUUUCAGCAGACUCUGUGGACCAGACUCUCCACCUCCUCCUUACUCCAGAUUCUCUACAAGUGAUGAGGAAAAGCCACUGGAACGCACGGCAUCCUGCACUGAAACAGAAGCCACCAACUCCCCAAAUAUCGCACCUGGAGAUUUCUCAGAUGUCAGCCUCUCACCCGACACAAUGAAGCAAUGCCACUGGUGUAUUGUGGCAUACUGGGAACAUCGGACCAGGGUUGGCCGCCUGUAUACCGUUUAUGAACAGUCUGUCAGUAUAUUCUAUGACCUACCUCAUGGGAACGGCUUCUGCCUCGGACAGUUAGCCCUGCACAACAGGAGCGAGACUGUCAAAAGGACUCGAAGCAAAAUUGGCUAUGGGAUCUUGCUGAGCAGAGAGCCAGAUGGGGUCUGGGCCUACAACCGGAGCGAGCAUCCAAUCUUUGUCAAUUCCCCGACGCUGGACAUUCCCAAUUCUCGGACUUUGAUUGUUCGGAAGGUGAUGCCAGGAUACUCAAUAAAGGUUUUUGACUAUGAAAAGUCUUGCCUGCUGCAGCAAGCCGCAGAUACGGAUUAUGCAGACGGACCGUAUGAUCCCAACAGUGUUCGAAUCAGCUUUGCAAAAGGAUGGGGACCUUGCUAUUCGAGACAGUUCAUAACAUCUUGCCCAUGUUGGCUGGAAAUAAUGCUGAACAGUAGCAGAUAACAGUCACCCUCCAGGAAUGAAAUCCUAUAUUAGAAAAAAAAUACAAGACUAUUCCAAAUAUCAUCUACCUAGAUUUAAUAUAAAGUUUUAUAUAUUAUAUGAAAUAUAUAUUGUACUUGUAAAUAUGGAGUCAUUUUUACAUUGUAAUUAUUUAUGUAUGGUGCAAUGUGUAUGAAUACAGAACACAACAGGAAAAUGCACUUUGGUUUAUAUAUGCUCAUUCAACAUCAGAUUAAAUUAUACAGCAAAAAUGGGAACAGAGCCUAGUUUUGGUGUAUAGUUCUGCCGUACUUUUAGUACCCAGACGAAAAGCUAACUUACCCGUAAAACAACAAAAUGAGUCACUCAUUGAUAAUAAAGUAUUUGCAUUAUAAA